AUGGACCGAGGGGCCUGUGGGAAGAUGGCGGCUGCCUCCUGGCUCGACGGGGGGCUGUUUGCAGUGACGACCUCCUCUGGGACGUUCUCCCUACCCUUCUGCGGGUCCGUCCUGAUCCGACAGUUCUUCUGUGAUAUCUCCUCCGUGGUCCGACUCUCCUGCUCCGAAACGCACCUCGUCAUCGACGUGAUCGUCGUCAUCGGGGCCCUUCUGGCCUUCACCUGCUUCGUCUCCAUCGUGGUCUCGUACGUGCGCAUCUUCCAGGCCGUGCUGAGGAUGCCGGCCUCCGAGGGCCGGGCCAAAGCCUUCUCCACCUGCUUGCCCCACCUCGCCGUCACGACCUUGUUUUUCUCCUCGGCUGCCUUCAGUACCUUACAUCCACCCUCAGACUCCUCCUCAGCUCUGGACCUGCUGGUGUCCGUGUUCUACACGGUGGGUCCUCAGUGGGGUUGUCACGUGGGGCAGGGCAACUAA